AUGGCAAAAUUCCCAACGGACGAUAAGCUCAGAAAACUCUGGAUUAAACGUCUGAAAGCUGUCAGUCCAAACUUUGUGUCAAGUUUGAAAAACGAUCGCCUUUGUUCUGUUCACUUCGCCAACGGCAAAUACACAAAGGAAAACCCCGUUCCGUGUGUGUUUAUCAUAAACAACAAGGAAAAGAUAUUUAAAUUAUCAAAGGUGGAAAGUUCAGAACCGGCAUACAAAUGUAAUGACGAAGACCAAGAGGCGGAGAAUGAAGAGUAUGAUGGGCCAGACUGUACGUUAACUACAAGCAGUGUAUCCGAGUAUGCUUCAAUCAAGUUCCCUGACUAUGCUGGCCAGAUUGAAUUUACUGUACAGAAAACGCUGAAUAAAGACACACAGGCUGACAAAGUAGGAGUGUCCUUUUCUUCUCAGAUGAAAGGGACUAGUUCAGUUUCAGUUACUAAGUGUAGUGUUUCAACACAAACAGACUUUGAAACUCCAUUAUGUAAAUGUAUGUCAAAAACAACUUCUAAAGUUGGAGUACAAGUUAACAAACCUGACCUGACUGUGGAAGACAUUAAAAGUAAUAAGAUGUGUAUGUUUUACACAGGUCUACCUAAUGUGGAAACUUUUCAUUUACUUUUUGAUGAAAUGGAUGAUGUAGAGAGUCACACAAAUAGAUGCGGAAAUGGAGAAAACAAGGGCCGGCCAAGAGCGCUACGACUUAUUGAUGAAUUUUUUUUAGUGUUGAUGCGUUUAAGAUUAGGGCUUCUUCUUGAGGACUUAGCAAGGAGAUUCCAUGUGUCGAAAUCAACAUGUUCAAACAUAACAAACCAGUGGAUUUCAUACAUGAGUGUGAAACUGUCAACAUUAGUUGCUUGGCCAUCCAGAAAGACAUUAAAAGUUACAAUUCCACAGAAGUUCAAACGGAAAUACCCGAACUGCCGCAUAAUAAUUGACUGCACUGAGUUCUACACAGAAACACCACAAUCACUUGCUAACAAAUCAAUGAUGUACUCACACUACAAGUCACAUAUGACUUGGAAGGCACUUUUAGGAAUAAGUCCAUCUGGAAUUAUAACUUUCGUUUCGGACCUAUGGAGUGGAAGCAUUAGCGAUAAACAGUUGACAAUUAAGUCAGGACUCCUUGAUUUGUGUGAAGCUGGUGAUGGGAUAAUGGCUGAUAAGGGUUUUCUAAUAUCGGAUUUGACAACACCACGCGGCAUGCAUCUGAUUAUUCCACCAUUGAAAUUACAAAAGUUUAACCGCCGACAAGUUGAAGAAACAAGGAGAAUCGCAAACUUGCGAAUUGACGUAGAACGUGCUAUGGAAAGAGUGAAAAACUUCAGGAUUUUGCAAGGUGUAAUGCCUAUAACAUUGUCUAAGCAAGCAUCAAAAAUCCUGAAAAUUUGUGUUGCUCUGUCAAAUUUGUUGCCACCAUUAGUACAUGAUGAUGAAGAUUGA